AUGCAAAUUUUCGUCAAGACUUUGACUGGUAAGACCAUCACUUUGGAAGUUGAAUCUUCUGACACCAUUGACAAUGUCAAGUCCAAGAUUCAAGAUAAGGAAGGUAUCCCACCUGACCAACAAAGAUUAAUCUUUGCUGGUAAGCAAUUGGAAGACGGUAGAACUUUAUCUGACUACAACAUUCAAAAGGAAUCCACUUUACAUUUGGUUCUAAGAUUGAGAGGUGGUAUCAUUGAACCAUCUUUGAAGGUCUUAGCUUCCAAGUACAACUGUGACAAGUCUGUUUGUCGUAAAUGUUACGCAAGAUUGCCACCAAGAGCCACUAACUGUAGAAAGAGAAAGUGUGGUCACACCAAUCAAUUGCGUCCAAAGAAGAAGUUAAAAUAG